AUGGCUGCGGAGUUUUCCAUUCUCAAGGAUGCGCAGUUGCACCAGCGGGUUGAGAUAAUUUAUGGCAAAGAAGUACAGGCCAUACAACACAUCCAAUUCGGCUCCGAACCCGAGUGCGCCAAAUACCUCUGCACCAGCAGAAGCAAUUACGAGGCGGCUCUGGCCCUCCUCGAUGCCGGCGCCAGCUUGGUGAAGAGUGAGUCCGCUGCAGCACUCGACAAAGACGACCACCGGUCCUUGACCGCUCGCGAUGUCUACGAUUACACUGUGUACUGCGUCCACCUCGCACUAGAGGGCAUCUCAAACUACACGGUGAGAAGCAGCUACCUCAGCAAAGUAAAAGAACACGCGGAUGAACUGAUUACGACUCUGAGGGAGAUGCACCCAGAAGAUGUUACCAAAAUCGCUAAAAUGGCCAACGAUGCGGCUCAAUACAGGAACGAGAUGUUGGAUUACCAGCGAAAACUGAAUUUUGCGGGGAAGUUCAAGGACCUGUCGGAAGCGCGAAAGCUAGAAGUGUACAACGUAAUAAUUGAGGCGUCCAAGCGCGGAAGACCUUUCGUUAACAUGGGGCAAGGAUAA